CCGGCUUGUAACGACUUUGAAGCUCGUAUUUCUUUAUAGCCAUAUUCGCUUAAUAUUUCAUUUAAAUCGAGUAUUAAUCGAGUCUAAGUUGUUGUAAAAUUAGCUAAUUUGUUUUAAGUGUGUUACUGAAGAAGAUCUCACUUUAUCUACAGUAAAAUGUAUGACGAUAGGCGCGGGGGUGGUCGUGGCGGGGGCCGUGGUGGCCACCGUGGUGGAGGCAGAGGCGGGCCUAGAAGCGGCGAUAGAUCAGAAGACAGAGGCGGCAGUAGAUUUGGCGGGCGAGAUGGCGGCGGUAGAGGAGGAGGCCGCGGCGGUGGACGGGGCUUCGGUGGCGGUCGAGGCGGCGGAGGGCGUGAUGAUUACCGCAGCAACUUUAAAAAUGAUCAACCUGGAGGCAAUCUCCGUAAAAUCCGCUGGGAUACGGUUGAGUUGAUUCCGUUUCAGAAAAACUUCUACGUUCCCUGCGAUAGCGUCGCUCGGCGCACGCCAGCUGAAGUCGAAGCGUACCGCAGCCAGCACCAAAUAACUGUAAAAGGCCGCGACGUGCCUAACCCUAGCAUCUUUUUCGAAGAAGGUGGCUUCCCUGACUAUGCUAUGAAAGAGAUUCUGAAGCAAGGUUUCCCCAGUCCAACCCCAAUUCAAGCCCAGGGCUGGCCGAUUGCUUUAUCGGGAAGAGAUUUAGUUGGUAUAGCUCAAACUGGCUCAGGAAAGACCUUGGCUUACAUCUUACCUGCGAUUGUGCACAUUAUUAAUCAACCGAGGCUGCUGCGAGAUGAUGGCCCCAUUGUCUUAGUAUUGGCACCGACUAGAGAGCUUGCUCAACAAAUUCAACAGACUCUAGUUGCGAUGAACGGGAUACCAGCAGAAAUGGAUGAUCCCAACACGGACACAAGAAUUGUCGCCAAUGACUUUGGUCAAAGUGUGGCCGUGCGCAACACGUGCGUGUUCGGCGGGGCUCCGAAGGGGCCGCAGGGGCGCUGCCUGGAGCGAGGCGUGGAGAUUAUCAUUGCUACACCUGGCCGGCUUAUUGACUUCUUGGAGAAGGGUACUACAAACCUGAAGCGCUGCACGUAUUUGGUGCUGGAUGAGGCUGAUAGGAUGCUGGACAUGGGCUUCGAGCCCCAGAUCAGAAAGAUCAUUGAACAGAUCAGACCAGACAGACAGGUUCUGAUGUGGUCCGCAACCUGGCCCAAAGAAGUCCGGAACCUCGCGGAAGAAUUCCUCCACGACUACAUCCAAAUCAACAUCGGUUCCCUCCAGCUGUCGGCCAAUCACAACAUCCUGCAGAUUGUGGAUGUCUGCGAGGAAUGGGAGAAAAAUGAUAAGCUGAUAACUUUGCUCACUGAGAUCUCAUCGGAGGAGGAGACUAAGACUAUUAUUUUUGCUGAAACUAAGCGAAAGGUGGACGAAAUAACCAAGUCCAUAAACCGCGCGGGGUGGCGCGCGCUCGCCAUCCACGGCGACAAGAACCAACAGGACCGCGACUACGUUCUACAGCAGUUCCGGAACCAUCCCCGCGGCGUUCUGGUCGCCACCGACGUCGCUGCCAGAGGGCUUGAUGUGGAGGACGUGAAGUUUGUGAUAAACUAUGACUACCCGAAUAACUCGGAGGACUAUGUGCACCGCAUCGGACGCACGGGACGCUCGCAGAAUACCGGCACGGCGUACACGCUAUUCACUCCCAACAAUUCUGCUAAGGCCAAAGAUUUGAUGUUGGUGUUGCAAGAAGCUAACCAGGUGGUGAACCCAAAGCUGUUGGAGCUGGCGCAGUGCGGGAUGGGCUUCAAGGGGAAAUACAAUCGUGGCCGCUACCGCAACGACCGUGACGACGACAGGGGGGGUCGCGGCGGCAGAGACGGCGGGCGCGGGCGGGGAGGCGGACGCGGCGGCGGCCGCGGGGGGUCGCGCUUCGGAGACCGCUCUGGAGGCUCACGAUGGGACAAUAACUCCAGCACCGACAAUGGAGGCGGCUACCAAAGCGGAGGAGGUUACGGCGGCCGAGGCGGCGGCUUCGGCAACCGCGACGGCGGCGGCGGAGGUGGAUUUGGCAACCGCGACGGGGGUAGCGGUGGUUUCGGCAACCGGGAUGGCGGUAGCGGUGGUUUUGGCAACCGUGAUGGGGGAAGUUAUGGCAACCGCGAUGGCGGCGGUUUUGGAAACCGCGAUAGUGGGUUCAGAGGACGCGGCGCGCCUAGGGGAGGUGGCAGAGGCCGAGGCGGGUCCGGCGGAGGCUUCGGCGGCGCGCCGGGCGCGGGCGCCGCGGGCUUCAGCGUGCCGCCGCCCGCGCCCGCGCCCGCGCCCGCCUCCUACUACAACAUGUACGCGCAGCCGCCGCCGCCGCCCAACAACAAGUUCAUGCCCAAGUAAUAUUAACUAUAUUACACACGACGACAUCAGAAAUAGACCAAUUUUUAAUGUGGAUUGUGUUUUUGAACUUUCAAUAAAUUAAGACCGGACAGAUUUGGUGAAUUUAGAUUUCUCGUCUUUGAUGUGUUGAUGCAAAAUUUUAAAAUACUCAAUAAUUGGUAAACUAGACCGGACAUCGAACUUUUGGCGGAUAUUAAUAAUAGGAACUAUCGAUGCUUUUCUCAUAUACUAGUUGUCGCUCCCGACUUUUUCCGCUAAUUGCGGGCCUGAAAACUUAGGAACGUCCUAAACAAUCUUAAAUUAAAUCUAAACUACAAAACGUAAUUCAAAACCAAAAAAGGUAAGACAAUGUUGCCCCUGCAAUAAUUUGUUUGUAAAAUAGUAAAUUCCUUUUGAUAAAUAAUCACACUAAGUUAAUUUAUUUAUUAGUAAUUUUACUCCUACGAUUUAAAAAAGUACUUUUAUUUUUGCAUAAAUACAAGACGCGCUAGUAAAAAAAUGGCAACAUUUUCUUACUUUUUUUUGUCUUGAAUUACGUUCUGCAGUAUAGUUACUGAAUUCGUUCAAAAUGUUCGCUUAUUAAAAUUGUCUUUAAUCCCUGACCCUUCAAGUGGGAAGCCGCCGGCUCUCGACCGAUGACGUCAUUUGAUUAAUUGAAAUAAAAUCAAAAUUCAAACAACUCAAAAAAUAAUAUAUGCCACUUGAAGAGACUGAGGUUUAUCUUUUUAGUAUUUUCCUGAAGGAUUUCUAAUGUAUCAACACAUUUAUUUUUAAAAUACCAUUUUGUGGUUCUUCAUGCUCCAAAUACUUCUUGACACCACUUUUUUUUUUUAAAUUAGCUAAUGAAAAAUAAUGUGAAAAUAGUGUGAAUUGUGUGAAUCUGUACCUUUUCUUAUUCUUAAAGUAAACUAGCUAAUUAUUUUCUCCACACAAAUAAUAAUCAAAAUUUAAACUUUCAAGAUCCACCUUAACUUUUUUUUGAAGACCAUCUAUAUCAAAAUUGUGAUUUUAUUCUUGCAUUGCAAGCCUAGAAAUAUCUAGAUAAGUAAACUUAGUAUAAUAAAUAAUAAUGCUUUGGAUACUGGACAAUUUCUCCUCUAAAACUAUGUUCAUAAAAUCUAGAAAAAUAUGUAUGAAGUAGAGUGUACAUUAAAACUACUGUUGUGUGAAUUAGGUUUUCACCGCUAUCUGUGAACAUUCCCAUACUUUGUCAUAGAGCACUGGUUGCAGUCUGUGAAAUGUGCAAUUCAUCAAAUAAAUGUUUAUAUUGUAUAAGGA